AGCGGCAGUACUGUCGGCUUCCGCUAGUCUACCCUACCAGCGACACUUCCCCCGUCCGUCCCUCCGUCCUGCGUCUCCGAGCUGGGAGCCUGUGUGCCUGCUCGACCCCCUCACAUCCUCUCCACCAUCUCUCUCUCUCUCUCUAGGUCACCUUAGCCCGGCAUUUUACCAUUAAUCCUCCCGCUGCUCUGAAGAUGGUACCUGGCAAGCGAAAAGCUGCAGUCAUGUCCUUCUCGCUGGCGAUACUUGGAUCCCUUAUGCUGCAGUAUGUUUCUUCCCAGAACGCUGGUUUUGUGAAGUCCCCUCUGUCCGAAACCAAGCUCACUGGUGAUGCCUUUGAACUGUACUGCGAGGUUAUCGGAAACCCCACUCCUGAAAUCCAGUGGUGGUACUCUGAAACCAACCGCCUCGACUCCUUCAGACAGCUGUGGGACGGUGCACGUAAAAGGCGUGUCUCUAUUGGGACAGCCUAUGGGGUCAAUGCAGUCAGUGCCCUGGGUGUGUCUCGCCUAACACUGGACGAUGCUGGGAUAUAUGAAUGUAGAGCCAGCAAUGAUCCUCGGCGAAAUAACCUGCACCAAAAUCCAGCCAACACCUGGGUCCGAGCACAGGCCACUGUCACAGUGCUGCAGAAGCCAUCUAUCGCCGCUUCUGAGCCCGUUAUUCUUCCAAUGGACAGUCACAGCCCACCGUUCUCACUGCAGUGUAACCUGACCAGCGCCCACAGUGCACACGUCGAGAGCUUCUGGAUGAAAAAUGGAGAGGAGAUCCCCGAGACGCGCACCUCCAACAAAAACACAGAGUACAAACUGGCCAAACCAAGAUCGGACGAUGCUGGGGUCUACAUGUGCGUCUUCACUUUUGAGAGCGCCCCUCCCGCGAAUGCCACCAUUGAAAUAAAAUCUGCUCCUGAGAUCCAUGGUCACAAACGCAGUGAGAAUAGAAACGAGGGCCAGCGUGCUGUCCUCUACUGUAAAUCUGUGGGAUAUCCUCAUCCUGUCUGGACCUGGCGCAAAUUUGACAAUGGCUUUUUCAGGGAGCUUGACAACUCGAGCGGACGUUUCUUCAUUAACAGCCGGGACAACUACACAGAGCUGCUCAUUGAAAAUUUGGACAUUAAUGCAGACCCUGGUGAAUACCAGUGCAAUGCCACCAACAUCAUUGGCACCCAUGAAGAGAAGUCCAUCCUGAGGGUCCGCAGUCAUCUUGCCCCCUUGUGGCCAUUACUGGGAGUGCUCAUCGAGAUCAUCAUUCUGGUCAUCAUCAUUGUGGUAUAUGAGAAGCGCAAGAAGCCUGAGGAUUUACAAGACGAUGACGACAUAGCUGGACCAAUGAAAACCAACUCUACCAACAACCACAAAGACAAGAAUCUGCGUCAGAGGAAUACAAACUAGGCAGCCUCUCUGCUGAGUUUCAUACUGUAUGUAUUGACCACAUGAAGGUAAACCAGAGGCAAGACCAUAUCAGAUGUGAAUAGGAUUUUUCUGCCAUUACACUUUAAAGUUGUGGAGGAGUUUCAAUGAGGCAUGCCUUAUGAGUUUAUCGUGUGAUGGGUAUGAGGUCAAAGCGUUAUGAAAGUGUUGAUCAUUAUAACCAUUGUUGCUGCAUGCAGUUGUUGACAUUUCUACAUAUAUUUAUUUAUCCACUUAAUUUACAUUUUUACUAAAAUAAUGCAUGCAAGGUGUUGAGCUUCUGUUUGAUACAGAAAUGGCUAUUUUUUAAUUUUCUUUUUUGAGAGUGGCUUCAUGUAGAUAAUAUGUAGUGCGUGUUUAGAGGAAAUAUGAAAACAAUGUAAAAGAUAUGCCGCCAUAAUUUGGUAUGACAGCUAUGUACAGUUUUAUCAUUACUGCAUACCAUUUUAUUACAUUUUAAGGGCUUUGCAAUGUCCCUCUAACUUCAGUUAAGGUUUACUCCACUCUAUGUAUGUACUGUAUAUGUAUCAAAAUCACUAUAACUAUGUAUGAUUAAUAUUAAUAUAAAGAGAUUAUAAGAUGCACUUAAAUGUCGAGAAUUGAAACACUGUAUAAAUAACUAUAGAAAUAUGUACUAAUCAUUCACAUUCUUUUAUAAGUAUGUGUGUUGUACAGCAUGGCUAUAUCCUAUGCAAUUAUUAUUCAUAUCAAUAUAUUUAAAUUCAAAUCAUUACAGCUUUUAAUUUUUGUGUGACAAAGCUUUAAAAUUAUUCGAUCACCAUAGAUGGCAUAUUACACUGGCUGCAUGAGUUGUCCAUAGCUGAUGUGGGACAGUUGUGAGAUGGAAAGAGAUGGUCCCUUGUUUAGAAUGACACAUGUAAAAGCAAUUUUAAG